CCGGUCUCCCCGGGCAUCCGGCCCACCGCCCCACCCCGCUUUUCCACGCCAUGGAGCCAGAGCUGGCGGCUCAGAAGCAGCCCCAGCCGCGGAGGCGAAGCCGUCGGGCCUCGGGGCUCAAUACUUCUGGCGCCACCGAGCCUUCCGCCGACACCCAGCCGGGUCAGGACCCGGACAAGAGAUAUUCCCUUCGGAGAGGUAGCUCUUUCACAUUUUUAACACCUGGCCCCCAUUGGGACUUCACUUUGAAAAGAAAACGAAGAGAAAGAGAUGAUGAUGUCAUAAGCCUUAGCAGCCUUGAUCUUAAGGAGCCAAGCAAUAAAAGAGUUCGACCUCUAGGUCGGGUCACAUCCUUAGCAAAUUUAAUCUCUCCAGUAAGAAAUGGAGCAGUCAGACGCUUUGGUCAAACAAUACAGUCAUUUACCCUCCGUGGUGACAACAGAUCUCCAGCUUCUGUCCAGAAAUCAUAUAGCAGAUCAACAGUCCCAACACCCACCAAAAGAAGAAAUAGUGUACUAUGGUCAGAGAUGUUAGAUGUCAAUAUGAAGGAGUCUUUAACAACCAGAGAAAUCAAACGUCAGGAGGCAAUAUAUGAAAUGUCCCGAGGUGAAAAAGAUUUAAUUGAGGAUCUCAAGCUUGCAAGAAAGGCCUACCAUGACCCCAUGUUAAAGUUGUCUAUUAUGUCAGAAGAGGAGCUCACACAUAUAUUUGGUGAUUUGGACGCUUACAUACCUUUACAUGAAGAUUUGUUGGCAAGAAUAGGAGAAGCAACCAAGCCUGAUGGAACAGUAGAGCAGAUUGGUCAUAUUCUUGUGAACUGGUUGCCAGGCUUGAAUGCCUACAGAGGCUAUUGUAGUAACCAGUUGGCAGCCAAAGCUCUUCUUGAUCAAAAGAAACAAGAUCCAAGAGUCCAAGACUUCCUUCAGCGAUGUCUUGAGUCUCCUUUCAGUCGAAAACUAGAUCUUUGGAGCUUCCUAGAUAUUCCUCGAAGUCGCCUAGUCAAGUACCCUUUACUGUUAAAAGAAAUUCUUAGACACACUCCAAAAGACCACCCUGAUGUUCAGCUUCUGGAGGAAGCUGUAUUGAUAAUACAAGGAGUUCUCUCUGAUAUAAACUUGAAGAAAGGUGAAUCAGAAUGCCAGUAUUACAUUGACAAACUGGAGUAUCUGGAUGAAAAGCAGAAGGAUCCUAGAAUUGAAGCAAGCAAAGUAUUACUUUGCCAUGGGGAAUUGAAGAAUAAGAGCGGACAUAAACUUUACAUUUUCCUGUUUCAAGACAUCUUGGUUUUGACUCGGCCUGUUACACGGAAUGAGCGUCACUCUUACCAAGUUUACCGGCAGCCAAUCCCAAUCCAAGAGCUGGUCUUAGAAGACCUGCAGGAUGGAGAUGUGAGAAUGGGAGGAUCCUUUCGAGGGGCUUUCAGCAACUCAGAUAAAGCUAAAAAUAUCUUUAGAGUUCGCUUCCAAGACCCCUCUCCAGGCCAGUCUCACACUCUACAAGCCAAUGAUGUGUUCCAUAAGCAGCAGUGGUUCAAUUGCAUUCGAACCGCUAUUGCCCCUUUCCAGCAGGCCACCAGUCCCACAGAGCUUAAGGAUUUGCCAGAGCUCAAUGAAGAGUGCGAAGAGAACAACCCCUCUGCAUCAAACAUCAAAGCCCAGAGAAGGGCAUCAACAGUUUCUAGUGUUAUUCAGGUAGAAGUUGAUGACAGUGCUUCAGAAUAUAGUUCCAGUGUACACACAAAAGAAGACACCAAGACUAUAAAAGCACACCGAACACAGUCUGGGUUCCGAAAAGCAAGGGACAAAGCCCAGUUAAGUGGCAAACGGAAAGAGACUUUGGUAUAAAGAAAGCUCUGUAUAUUAACUGGUGGAGAGACUGUUAAUUUAUAAAUGUGUACAGUUUUUUUUUCCUUGUAAUAUGAGCAUGGGAGCAUUGUAGGGUUACUUUAUACCAAUCUUAACAUCAUUUUCUAUGGUUUUUUGGUUGUUGAUGGGUUGGUGUUUUUUUGUUUGUUUUUUGUUUUGUUUGUUUUUUUUCCAAUGGCAGCUAAAGGUAUACAGAUUACUGUUAAUUUACAGUCUAUUUUUUUUUAGGAUAUAUUUUCUGGGUUCAUUUAGAACAUGCAAGCCUGGUAUUUUUAAUCAAAUGAAAUAUUUAUGAAAUAAAUUUUCUCCUAAUUUUGGACCCAUCACGAUUUUCCAGUAGCAACCAAUUGUGAUAUUUACAGUAUUUUCCAAAGCUUAGAAUUUUGCAAAUACUGGUAUUUUACCAGUGUUUCUUUGGUAACUCUUGUAUGCAGAAUUUGAAAUUGUAACAUUGACACCUAAAAUCUACAUGGAAUAUACACAUGUAGUAUUUAAAAAUUUACGUUGGAACAUAAUUUCCUUGGAAAAACCAUACAAUUUAAAAAUUCUUCCAUUUUAUCAACUGGAAUGCUUUAUAUUAGCUUUUCACUGCAUAUAUCUCAUUUCAUCCAUUUAACCUCCCAAUUAUUUAAUUUUUUAUUAUUGUAAAGUAGUUUUUAGUAUUUGCUUUUAUUUUUUUUACUUUGAUACCUUUUCAAAUUGGCAUGUCUAAAAUAUUUUUCUUCGUUGAUUAAAAAUUGUGUGUGUAUGUGUAUAUAUAUAUAUUUUUUUUUCCCCACCUUAAAUCAUAUUAACUUUACCAAGUGAAACCAAGCCAUACUAUUUUUGAGCCAAUUAAGAAAAUUGCCGUUUUUAAAAUGUAGCAUUUUGGGGUAGUGAACACACAUGAAAUGACUUAGUUUCUAAACUACUGAAAGAAAACCACCUUAAGAAUUUUGUUGAAAGUUUUGGCAUCUGAAAAGCAAGAGGGAAGGCAAAUUGACUGGCAAUAAGUUUU